AAUAGAUGAACAAGUCUCAUCAUUUAUUGAGUUCACGUUCUCUCUGCCUAUUUGGUCCCCUGUUUUGUUUUCCCCUGUUUCUCUCUCGUACUCUGCUCUGAACAGCCAUGAAAAGUCAUCAAGCUCCAGCUGAUCAGAACCAUGCCCCUAACACUGUUGACCGACGGACAGCAAAGGAGAAGGCAAUCGACGAUUGGCUUCCCAUCACUUCUUCAAGGAAUGCAAAAUGGUGGUACUCGGCUUUCCACAAUGUCACUGCCAUGGUUGGAGCUGGGGUCCUAGGCCUGCCUUAUGCAAUGGCAGAGCUCGGAUGGGGUCCUGGUGUGGCUAUAAUGGUUGUAUCAUGGAUUGUAACGUUAUACACUUUAUGGCAAAUGGUUGAGAUGCAUGAAAUGGUUCCUGGGAAGCGUUUCGACAGAUACCAUGAACUGGGACAGCAGGCAUUUGGCGAAAAACUCGGUCUCUGGAUUGUGGUGCCCCAACAGCUGCUUGUUGAAGUCAGUGUGAACAUAAUCUAUAUGGUCACCGGGGGACAGUCACUGAAGAAAUUCCACGACAUAGUGUGUCCUGAAUGCAAAAGUAUCAAACAAACUUACUUCAUAAUGAUCUUUGCCUCUGUCCAUUUCGUGCUCUCCCAUCUUCCCAACUUCAAUUCCAUCUCUGGUGUGUCUUUGGCCGCGGCAGUCAUGUCCUUGAGUUACUCUACUAUUGCUUGGAGUGCUUCUGUUCACAAGGGUGUGCAAGAAGAUGUGCAGUAUGGCUACAAAGCUAAGAGCACAUCAGGAACAGUUUUUAACUUCUUCGCUGCCUUGGGUGAAGUAGCAUUUGCCUAUGCCGGACACAACGUGGUCCUGGAGAUUCAAGCAACGAUCCCUUCCACACCCGAGAAGCCUUCCAAGGGACCGAUGUGGAGAGGAGUCCUCGUAGCAUACAUAGUUGUGGCAUUGUGCUACUUCCCUGUGGCAUUUAUUGGGUACUGGAUGUUUGGGAAUUCAGUUGAGGACAAUAUCCUCAUCACAUUAGAGAGACCAGUAUGGCUAAUUGCAACAGCUAACAUGUUUGUCGUCAUUCAUGUGAUCGGAAGCUAUCAGAUUUAUGCAAUGCCGGUAUUUGAUAUGAUAGAAACUGUGCUGGUAAAGAAAUUGAAAUUCACGCCAAGUUUCAUGCUUCGAUUUAUUACACGAAAUGUAUACGUUGCAUUCACAAUGUUUCUUGGCAUGACCUUUCCUUUCUUCGGAGCUCUUCUUUCAUUCUUUGGAGGAUUUGUAUUUGCCCCAACAACAUACUUUCUCCCUUGCGUGAUAUGGCUUAUCAUCCAUAAACCGAGGAAGUACAGCUUAUCUUGGUUUACUAACUGGACCUGCAUUGUGCUGGGGGUUAUUUUGAUGGUUCUAGCACCUAUUGGAGGGCUAAGACGGAUCAUAAUUGAAGCCAAUACCUAUGAAUUCUACUCUUAAGCAUCAUCCUUCGACACCAAGAGAAUGUGGUUUUUUACAACUACUCAAAGAAAAAUUGAACAAGUUCAAGAUGAUACUGAUGGCGGCAUUUGCAAUAUAGUUGGAUGGUUUUCACCUAGUAAUCUGUGAAACCUACCUCAAUGGUAUUUUUUAGAAUAUACUGUAGAAAUAAUGUGGGCUUGGAACUGUGAAACGAAAAGAUGAAAUGAUACGAAAUGAAAUUCGAGUUACACCGUUUUAUUAGAAAA